AUGGGAUUGCAGCUAUUCCUGAUGAAGAGGGGAGGACAAGAGAUAUAUGUGGGGCCACUGGGUCACCAUUCUUGCCAAUUGAUCAACUACUUUGAGGGAAUCAACGGAGUGAGCCAAAUCAAAGAUGGCUAUAAUCCAGCAACAUGGAUGUUGGAAGUUACUUCUCCAGCUCAGGAAAUGAUUCUGGGGGUUGAUUUUGCUGAAGUACACAAAAAUUCGGACCUGCACAGCAGAAUCAAGGAUCUGAUAAGUGAACUAAGUUCGCCUCGACCUGGUUCCAAGGACCUUUAUUUCCCUACUCAAUACUCCCAGACUUUCCUCACACAAUGCCUGGCUUGCCUAUGGAAACAACAUUGGUCAUACUGGCACAACCUGCCCUACACGGCAGUGCGAUUUCUUUUCACAACCUUCAUAGCGCUGAUGUUUGGGACAAUUUUCUGGGAUCUUGGUUCCAAAAAGACCAAUCAGCAAGAUCCGUUCAAUGCAAUGGGUUCUAUGUAUGCCGCUGUUAUCUUCCUAGGGGUUCAAAAUGCUUCAUCGGUGCAGCCAGUGGUGGCUGUAGAACGAACAGUAUUUUAUAGAGAAAGAGCAGCUGGAAUGUAUUCAGCAUUGCCUUAUGCCUUUGGACAGGUAUCUAGUCUUACAAUAAAAUCUUCAGAUUAA